CUAAAGUCUAAACGCGUCGUUCUUGCUCUAAGCUUAUGUACUUCAAGGUACCUAACCGUCGUCAAAAUUGCUACGGAUACCGGACUUCGUGCAUUUCCAGCAAAUGUUAAACGUUAAUCAAUUGCCCAUCAAUUGGACCGCCUAAAGAUGCAUAACAACACAGAACAGAAUAAAAACCCGUGAUUGAUUACCAAGCAAUUCCUUCGGUGCCCAGUGCAUGAGGCACAUGAAUCACUUUUUUUUUGUCUGUGGCUGUCCUUUUCUCAGCUUCUCAGCGUCUCAGCCUCUCAGCCCUAAGGACUUUCAACUUAAGCCUACUUACAAUUAUUUGCUUCAAAACUCGUAUGAGCAACAUACCGGCCUCAAGAAUGAAUGGGCUCAGAAAUAUUCGAGAACCCGAAUCCAUUACGGCACCGCCCCUGAGCAGUGAUGAGGAAGCAGAUUACCAGCAUGACUCUGAUUCUGAUGAGAACGACAGCCGCUGUAAAGAUAUAAGACCAACAACUUUUACCACUAGUCUGUCAUCUCUUCAGGAGAGCCAUUUACGCGGACAUACCAAGGAGAAGUCGAAAGUAUCAUCCCAAUCAAAAGACUUCCCAAGUGGCUCACAAAAGGAAACGCCAUCUAGCUCGGCUGGUUCGAAGAGAUCAGCUCAAGACGUUGCUUCAGAAGAUAUUAGUCAUUUAUUGAACAGGUAUGGCUUUCCGAAAAGGAACACGUCAACCAACUCCAAGCCUGCUAUAACCUAUGGUACAUCAAACAGUUCGAAGCCUAAAUCCUCGGUAAAGCGCAAGAUACAAGGUCACCCAGGCAAAAAACCCAAACAGGAUGAGGCCAGCCCAAACCCUGAGGACACUAGCCCUCUUCCAAGAAAGCGGUUUAAAAAACCCGAGACCAUCAGCCCGGAGAAAACAAAGCCCUCUAACAGUUUCAUCAUGCCACAACCCUUGCCAGGUUCUAGUCCAAUUCAAGACUCCAAGAAAUCCAAUUUCAAGCAUCGGUGUGUAUCAUCAGACGAAUCACCGCCGAAAAGCAAAUUUAAGAUCCAUAAUUUAGACGAAGAAUCGGACGAAAUCGCAGAAGCACAGUCAGGUUUGCCGCCUAGUAGGUCAAAGAAGUUACACGGAUCUAAAUUUAAAAAACGAAAGUCUCCUCGGGAAUCUGUGGUAGAUGAAUACUCCCAGAGACCAGCUUUUAAACUACAUUCUUUAGACGACCUGGACGAUUUGGACGGCAGCGACGAUAAGGUCCUUACUGUGCUUGAGAGUAAGAGCUCCGAUGACGAAGCAGAUGAUGUCAAUAUGCAAAGUCCAGUUAUCACGCCAAGAUGUCCUAUGUGUCACGAAGUGGUCGACGCUGAGCUCCUGGCGAAGCAUUCAGACCAUGGCAGAAUGAACAUAAAGAAGCAAACAGCAUUCUGCCGUUUGCACAAGCGGCGGACAGCGUUGGACUCUAGGUCUAGGAAAGGAUAUCCUACUAUUAAUUGGAUGACGCUUGAGAAACGAUUAGAUACGCACCAAGAGUUGUUGAAAGGAAUCUUAGAAGGCACUAGACGAUCAUAUUAUCGUGGAGUGUUGCAAGAAAACGUCGAAGCAGGAAAGAAUCGGACAUUACUAAAGACCGACGCCAGCUUCACACCAGGCUAUUACGGACCGCGUGGACUCCGCGCUAUGACGGAAUAUAUCAUACGGAAUCUGUCAUCCGUUGUUCGAAAGCGCGCGGUUGAAGAUAGACUCGUCUCCGCUAGAGGUUAUACCGGAUAUGUUCAAGCAGUACUAGUACCCGAGUUAGCGGUUCGUCUGAUUAUGGAAGACAUGAGCGUCUCAGAAGAAGAUGCGCGGAGUAUCAUGCUGGAGAGUAUCGAAGUCGGAGAGCUCCUAUAUGAAGACUCUGGGGAUGUUGUUGUUGGCAUCAGCGACGAAGAGGAAAUCUCAUAGUAGGAUGUCAAAAGUAAUUGGAGAACCUACGUUCAAGAUAGACAAGCAUAUCGGUUCAUCUGAAUGAAUACGUGUAAGGCUGUCACUCUAUAGCCUGAUAUUCUAGCAACCAUAAGCUCCGAUUGGGCUUAUGACAUUAUCCAUACUAGUUCUCAUAACACUACAUACCUUACACAAUGACAUAGAUCGUGCAUCAAAUACCGAAGAUAUCGAAGCUAAUAGAGGGGUUUGGACAGAUAUAGUAAUGCUGCAUGCAUCAACGAUGCAUGUGCGAGCGCGGGAACUUGCGGCAGCAGUAUAAGAACAUGCAGGCUGUCGGUCCGGCUUAGUAUAGUACAUACUAUGUAUG